AUGGAAGUCCCGACGUCUGUCCUCCGUGCGAUUGAUGCCCUGCGGCGCUCCUUCCUUUGGUCCGGUGCGGACAAAGCGUCGGGGGCGCAGUGCCUUGUCGCUUGGGACCGCGUCACCCGGGCCAAGGAUGAAGGUGGUCCGGGGGUGCGCGCCCUGCCGGUCCAGAAUUGGUGCCUCCUGAUGAAGCUCCUCCACAGUCCACACUCUUGCCAGGACACCCCAUGGGUGCGCUGGGUUUGGGGUGAGCUGGGUCGCUCAUUGCUAACCCCAGCGUCGGCCAUGUCGCUCCUCGGACCACAUUGGGCCUCCCUGGCCAAGCUUAUGCCUCUGUACAGGGCGAUCACCAGGGUCUCCAUCGGGGACGGGCGCACGACGGCGUUCUGGCUCGACUCUUGGCUCCCCGGCGGCGCCCUCUCUGUCCGGAUGAGCUCUCUCUUCUCCCACACCACCUUGCCGGAUGUCUCGGUUGCCCACGUCAUCCAACACGGGCUGGACAGGGGGCUUGUCCCGCGGCUGAACAACACUGGGGCGCGGGAGCGUGAGGUCCUCCUCCCCAUCAUCCAGGCGCUGGUGUUGUCUGAGGGGGCCAAUGUGCAGACACUUCGCCCUGGCUGUGCCAAAGGCGCCGCUCUCUCCUCUGCCGGGGUCUACAACUCUGCCACUUCGGUGGAGUGAGAGCGCUGUUCGUCGACUUCGUCUGGGCGAACUACGCCCCCAGCAGGGUCCGAUUCUUCGCCUGGCUCCUGGUCCAAGCUCGGAUACACACGAGGGAUGUCCUCUUGCGUAAACACAUUGUUGAGCCUGCCGGAGCAGGUUGCCCAAUCUGCUCGACGCUGCUCGAGACGGCCGAGCACCUCAUCUUUGCCUACCCCUUUGCCCGGCAGUUGUGGGCCUCAGUUGGGGCGACCGAUGGUCUCCUCCGUCAAGCUGCUCCACCUUAUGUCCCCGCCAAGCUCGCCCCCCCCCCCCCCCCCCCCCGCCCGGACGGGGACGACCUUCCUGCUCCUAUGCUGUUGGCAACUUUGGAAGCACUGCAACAUGGUCGUCUUCCAGGGCUUGCCCCCGUCGCUUCCCCGACUGCUGCAACUAUGUAGAGAGGACGCCGUUCUCUGGCGUGUUUGCCUCCCAGCCGCUCUUAAGCAGGCUGUUGAUGUGUGGCUAGGGUGCCUAACCCCCCUGAUGUUACACCCUACCCCUUCCUCCUCCUCCUCCUCCUCUCUCUGUGCUUGUAAAAAUGUACUGGUGACAGAUGUUUUACUCGGGAGUUUUGGCCCAGAUAUAUGA